UUAAUUUUAACUAAGCAAAGUGACUCAGAAAACCCUAGAAAAACCCUCCGCUCAAGCUUCCCAUCGUCUCUUCCUCAGUUCUCUAGCUAGCCUCCUCCUCGCCGCGUCGCCGCCGCCGAUCGCCGCCCCGCAUCCUCGCCGCCGGAACCCGCCACCGCACUCCUCGUCCGUCUAUUCCUGCUUCCGUCUCCCCUUCUUGCACGGUGAAAGGUGUGGAAGGAUCAGCAGAAGAAUCUAGACUAGUGAAAGACUCGCGAGACAGAUAACUUUUCGAGAUGAGGCUCUUAACCCACAACAUGCUUUCUUCAAACAUCAAGGGAGUAAUCAAUGGCUUCCCGCUUGGCAUUGUGGUGGAGAAAGUAAUAGAGAAGCCAGUGGAGAUGAAUCCUGACUUCCUCAAGAAUAUGUUUGCCAAGAUUGAGUGGAAAGCUCUUGUGGAUGCAUCUCGGUCCAUGGGCUACACCGAGCUUCCUGAACAGGCGGAUUCCUCAAUGCUCGACUCUGUCGAUUUUCUGCAGAGGUUUCAUCAUGCCCUCUUAGAGCUCCACCUUGAGGAAGGUGCAUUGGUUUGCCCAGAGACUGGGAGAAAGUUUCCUGUCAACAAGGGAAUACCCAACAUGCUCCUCCAUGAAGAUGAAGUCUGAUUUUGGUUGAACCGACUUGACUUUAUUGUGCCAUUUGCGAGUCAAGAUUUAGUGAAGUUAUUUUAGGCGGAGGUGCAAAUUAAUUAACCACCUAUUACUUUGCUUGUUUAACUAGAGACUAGGGGUUUUGUGGUUUGGAUGAUGCAAGAGGGUUUAAUAGCAGAGAGAGCUUCCAAUGCAUUUUGAGUCAAUGUAAUUAUUGUUUUUUUUUUACCUGAUCUAAUCAUAAUGAGUUGUCUCUUGACAUUUGAGGUAUACAUUUGCCAUGUCAAUCUACGAUUGCUCGGUCCAGAUA